AUGACGGAGGAAGAGAAAGCCGGAGCUAUUCGUCACCGCGAUGUCGUGCGAGCCCGAGCUGCUGCAGGAGAAGCUGGAACAGAAGGCCCGUGCAGUGCCGGCGACAACUGCGUGGCCAAAGAAUGUUUUAGCAGGCGAUCGUCACACAAUGCCCUCACGGCAAUGGGAGGCACUUCGCGUGCGCCCGCGUGGCUUGCUCCCCUGACUGCGGCGAAGGUGGAUGAGGGUGACCCCAAGACUGCCGGAAAUUCGGACGCUUGGAAAAACGCGUCUGCCCUUGACAAUAGCGCAGGUGACGAUAUUGCUGCCGCCGCCACACCCACCGCCGCACGGCAGAGGACCUCUCCCGAAGCUACUUCAACGUCGAGCCGUAGGACAUCGGGAGAAGGUGUGGGGGCCGGUAGGACGAUGAGGUUGCGCAACAAGUCCUCCUCUACGCCUUCAAAGCAGACGGCCACGCCUUCGAAGGCUGGAUCGGUCGUCCUGCCCCUGGAAGAAAUUAAGGUCUGCAUCGCCGACGCCUUGACGCACGUGUUCGGAGACAAGAAGAUCGUCGGUACUUUGGUAGAUAAGAUGGCAGGGACUGCGAGCCAAGCGAAGGCCAUGAGAGCAGUAGUGACAGCCAUCAAUGCCAACUCCAGCGAGUUCAUUACUGCCGCCAAGGAAGCCGGCAAAGAAGCAUGCGCCCAGCACUUGAAGGCACCCCUCACAGACUUAGCCAAGGCACAGACGGACGCUGCCAACAAGUGGAAGGACAACUCCGUCGAGGCGGCAAACAAAUGGAAGACCACCGCCCAAGCACUCGCGAAAUCUUCAGCACAGAAAAGCACUCCGCAGGUGUCAGACGCCAAGCUGAACGCGGCAGCCAAAGCCGGCGUCAUGGCCAACAACGAGGCACUGAUGACCCUGGUAAAGACCGAGGUCGCAAGUCAAGUACUGCAGCUGAAGACGGGCCUGGAGGCACGGUUGACUGAGAUGGAGAGCAGCGCGAAAGCCGAUCUAGAGACGCGUUUUGGGUCGCUGUUCACCAGCAUCCAAAGCGGCUUGACGAACGCAUGCGAGUACAUCACCGGGGUCGUGAAGGAGAACGGCCGCCAGCUCGACGAGAGCAUUUCGGGCAACAAGAGAGGCCCCCAUCCAAGACUCCAUCGCCGAAAAGGCGCAGUCCGCGUGAGCACGAGGCUACGCGGAGGAGUGACGAACGUGAAGAGGCGACGACGCAUGGGGCUCUGGCGACGGUGGAUGGCAACACGUUAA